UAUGUCGACUUCGCGAAUGGUUUGGGUUUGACUUUGUAACUCCACUCUUCAUAAUAUUACAUUCAGGCACUCACGUCUACGGCAACGAAGAUCAGCUAAAAUCGGUUAAUAACUUUCUCUUUUCCUUUUAAAUUAUAUGAGGACCAAAUUAGUUAGAAAUUGAACGAUACGCGCUCUACCGUCAAGCUCGGACAAGCUCGGACAAUACAGGAGAACACAAAUUUAAUUUUACUGAUGUUAAUUAUAUCUGAUUAAACGAUGGAUGAUACACACAAACAGUCGCAGAAACUUCAAUCAAACGAGGAAGUUAUAGAGGAACUUACCAAAGAUCUAGAAAGUUCUUGCAUCAAAGAGAAUAAAAAUAUUAUUUCAGAUGUAGAUACAAACAGUACGAAUAUAAGUGGUGAUUCUUGGAAUAUCAUAAAUAAGGAACACGAUGAAGAUAAUAGCAAUAAUGCACAAAAUAUAGAUUUUUCAGAGGAUAUAAAUGAAGAACUUCUUAAGAAUAGAGAAUUAAGUCUUACAGAAGCUGAGAAAGAGGCAUUGAAAGAUAAAGCAGAAGAAUUAAAAAACAAAGGUAAUGCUUUCUUCAAAGAUGGUGAAUAUAUACAGGCAAUAUCAGUAUAUACAGAAGGAUUGCAAACUUGUCCUUUAGCGUACAAUAAAGAAAGGUCUAUAUUAUAUGCCAAUAGAGCAGCAGCAAAAACAAAAUGUCAGACUGAGAAAGAUUCAGCAAUAUCCGAUUGUACAAAAGCCAUUGAAUUAAAUUCUAGCUAUAUAAAAGCUUAUAUAAGAAGAGCGCAAUUAUAUGAAGAGACAGAUAAAUUAGAUGAGGCAUUGGAGGAUUUCAAAAAAGUAUUAACCUAUGAUCCCAGCCACAUAGAAGCUAAUCAUGCAGUUAGGAGGUUACCACCAUUAAUUAAUGAAAGGAAUGAAAAAUUAAAAACAGAAAUGUUAAGUAAACUUAAAGACUUAGGAAACUUGGUGUUGAAACCUUUUGGUCUUUCCACAAACAACUUUGAACUACAGCAGGAUCCUAACAAUGGCGGUUAUUCUGUAAAAUUCAAUCAAAACCCCAGAUAAAUUAGUAUAUCUAACUAGUGUGUAGUGUCUGAAUAUGUAUGUGUAAGCCUGUACAUGUAUACACAUUACACAUACAUACACACAUACAUAAACAUACAUUAAUUAAAAAAUUCCGC